CGACGAUAACGAGCUUUACGAACACCUAUCCAGCUGAGAAUUCUUUACGGAGGAUUUAAAGAUGUCGGCUCAGAACUCUGCGGGUAUUCAGACCCUUCUCGAUGCGGAGAGGGAAGCUCAGAAGAUUGUUCAGAGAGCCAGAGAAUACCGUACAAAGCGAGUAAAGGAAGCCAGGGACGAAGCAAAGAAGGAAAUCGACGCCUACAAGAAGAACAAGGAUGAUGAGUUCAAGAAGUUUGAGUCUGAGCACACCAGCGGAAACAAGAAAGCCGAAGAAGAUGCAAAUAAGGAAGCAGAGGUCAAAAUGAAGGAGAUCAAAGAGGCUGGCAAGAAGGGUCAAGACGAAGUUGUCAAGGAACUACUGAAGGCUGUCUUCGAUAUCAAUCCUGUUGUCCCAGAUCGUAUCGAAGUUCCAAAAUAAGUCGCGGAUUGAGAUCCAUCAUGGUUGGGGAAAGGAUUAUAUGACCUAGAGAGACGCCGGGCUUCACAGAUAUCAGCGUAGGUCUUUGAGCUGCUUUUACGUUUGGAAGGGGACUUGGGCAUGGGAUUGAGGGUGGUGAUGAGCUGUAUAGACUACUAGUAGCUGGCAAUUGCAAUUGCACGAAGAUAUCCAUUCAAGAGCUUUGAGAGUUAUCUCUGCUUUCUUCUACUUUUUGCCUGCUUCCCCAAGCAAGCUUUAUGACAACUUGAACCACAC